UCAGUGUUUACGUUCUUCCUUGUUUCAAAUGUAGGCAAAUUUUCAACUUUGUGAGACAUCUGCAAAAACUGGGUAAAAUGAUUAAAGCUUUGUUAAGGUUUGGAUCCUAAAGUGACAUACUACUUGAGAAGAUUUGAAGAAUCAUCCAUUGGUAAACAGGUGUUGAAACGAACAGCUAAGGAUGCGCUUUAAAACUAUCAUUUUGGUAAUUACUGUCUUGUUCAGUCGUACUUUAGCAUUCCCUAAUUUGGCCGCCAAUGGUUCAGCGAUUCAAAGUAGUGUUUACCGGGAUGCUUAUAAUAAUAAUUAUGGUGCAUCGAAAGUAAUUGAUGGAAAUACAAAUCAACUUUUUAUUGCGGGAAGCUGUUGUCAUACUGAUAUAGGUUUCUCAUCAGCAUGGUGGAGACUGGAUCUUGGGUAUUCAGCAUACAUACAUAGAGUUGUUAUGUAUUAUAGGGGAGACCAAAGUCCUAGGAUCAAAGGAUAUUAUCUAUACGUAUCGGACUCAUUCAGUGAAAGGAAUCCAAAUUCAGGACAUGAAUGCUAUCACUACCCAAUGAGUGGUCAAUUGCCAAACACAAUACAGAAUAAAACUUGUGACUUGACUGGUAGAUAUGUAGUGUACUACAAUGAAAGGGACGGGACAGAAACGUUCGUAGAUCUUUGUGAAGUAGAAGUCUUUGGUUGUUACUUAGGACGAUAUGGAUCACAGUGCCAGUCUAACUGUUCGCUCAAUUGCAAUGAUGGUACAUGCAGUAUUUGGGGUGGAUCAUGUACAUCUUGUAAAGCAGGCUUCAAGGGGAACCAUUGUGAUCAAGGAUGUGAAGUUGGUACUUAUGGGCCAAACUGUGUGAAUACUUGCAACCACUGUAAAAACAAAGAUUGCAACCAGUUCUGCGGUAGAUGUACACAUGGAUGUUCUGCUGGAUGGAAAGGUUCCAGCUGUCAAAUCCGCUGUAGUGCUGGUACUUUUGGAGAGAAUUGUAGUUUUGUAUGUAACUGUUUGGAUGGAAAUACGUGUGAUGACGUAAAUGGUCAUUGUCCUCAUGAAUUAUGUGAUCCUGGAUGGAAAUCAAACAGUUGUAGUCAAAGCUGUGUUAAAAGAACAUUUGGGAAGAACUGUCUUAAAAAAUGUACCGAUUGCAUAACCGACAAUUGUAACCGUUUCAAUGGAACUUGUGAUCCAUUUGGAAUAUGUAAAUCAGGAUGGCGUGGACAAGGCUGCAAUUUUAAAUGUGACACAGGAUCCUACGGGAUUAACUGUUCUUUAUCCUGCAGCAAUUGCAUAAACGAGUCGUGUGAUCAUCUUGAAGGAAUAUGUCAAACUGUUGGUUCUUGUAAAGCAGGAUAUCGUGGUUCAAAAUGUAACCAAUCAUGUUCCCUUGGACAUUUUGGGUAUAAAUGCGCAAACAAGUGUACUGGAUGUUUGGAUGGAGAUUGUGAACCAUUUUCUGGUAACUGUACUAAAGAUGGAUGUCGUAAUGAUUAUACAGGAUAUAGAUGCCAUCUUCCAGGUAAAAUAAAUAAGAUCCUUGCUUCAGCGGAUGACUUGUAGAAAUAUUUUCACCUACAAGUUAUAAUUUUCUUUGAGAUAAAUCAUCAAUUAUAUAUGUUUUGAAAACUACAUUAAUCACCCGGAGGAAAUUCAUGCAAUUCCACUACAGGCAUGUAUCGUAUCAUCUUGAAAUUUAAAUUUAAUCAAGCAAAUUCACAAUGAAAAAAAAUGUUAUAUUUCUCUGCUGUGAUUAUUCAAGUUCUUAAACAGCAACUUAUCAACCUUUUUUGAGGUACUAAACGAUCUAUCAUUUAUGACGUAAAAAGAUGAAGACCUUUCCUAUAAAUCAUUUUUGCUUGGCUUAAUAAAAGACUAAAAAUGCAUAACAAGACAGGAUUUCUGAAUAAGCUUUUCGAAUAGUUAUGUAAA